AUGCCGCCCAGUGCUGAGCGAGCGAUUUCCGUACCAAAUGACCUUAACCUAACAGAACUUCUACAUACAUCUGCUCGGAAUGAUCUCCCCGAAUCGCAUUUGAUAUCCAGAGACUGCCUUACUGGCCGCACCUUGAGCAUCGGACAACUGCGAGAUCGCGCCGGCCGCUUUGCCUCGGGAUUUAAACAACGCUUCAACCCCCCCGACCAAAGCCGCUGGGCAAUCAUUGUCCCGAACUGCGUGGAAUAUAUUGAACUGUUCCACGCGGUUCUGUGGGUUGGCGGAGUAGCAUGUCCCAUUAACCAUGCUCUGAAGGCCGCCGAGAUCGCCCAUGCCCUCACCGUCUCCAAACCUCACGUCAUCCUCGUAUACGGUCAGGUGCUGCCGACUGUUCUCGACGCCAUCCGGCUCGCUCAAGAAAAAGGAGGGGCAGACUUCGACGUGCCGGAACUGGUCACCGUCCUCGGCAAGUCCGCCACGCAUCCGGAUGUCGAGGGGCUCUUGGGCGAGGGAAGGCUUGACGUGCCGCACUAUAAGGACACGAAAACCCGGCUCGCAUCCAUCCACUUGUCUAGUGGAACGACUGGCAAUCCGAAAGGCGUGGCGUUGACGCAUUUCAACUAUGUGGCGAAUGUGUUGCAGCUCCACAAGCACGAUCCGGACCACUGGACGGCUGGAGAUCGAAUCGUGUCGUAUACGCCCUUCGUGCAUAUCGCAAACACGACGAUCCCCCUCUUCCUUGGUCCUUGGUGUGGUGUCCUCCACUGCAUCAUGCCGUCAUAUGAUCUGGAAACGUUCGGGAAGAUGGUCCAGGACAACAAAGCAACGGCGGCCCAGGCCGUGGGAACGGUGGCAUUGGCAUUGGCGAAUUCCGACGUUACCAAACGGUAUGACUUCUCGAGCGUGCGCUACCUGGUCUGCGGCGGCCUUCCAGUGGAGGACGCAACAUACCAGAGGCUACUAAGCAAAGGCAAUUGGAAAACGAUCAUGCUCUAUGGUAUGACUGAAGCGGCGCCGUUUGUUGUAUAUCAGAAACAGCGACAAACCGUUCCGCUUGGACAGCUUGGCAACCUUCUCCCCGGAAUAGAAGCCGUGCUUCGUGCCGACAAUGGCUCGAAAGAUGCGCCCGCAGGCGGACCGGGUGAAAUGUGGCUUCGAGGACCCAAUCUAACGUCCGGAUACAUCUUUAACGAAGAAGCGACGAGGAAUGCGUUCAAAGGCGACGGCUGGUACAAUACCGGCGACGUGUGCACGUUCUCCAAGGAAGGAUAUUUGUCCGUUGUUGGCCGAACCAAGGAAUUGGUCAAAUACAAAGGGUUCCAAGUCAGCCCCACGGAACUCGAGACCUACAUGACGUCCCAUCCGGAUAUUGCGGAGGCUGCUGUGGGUAGCGUAUGGGACCAGGAGCAAUUGACCGAGCUUCCCACUGCCUAUGUCGUUCUCAAGGAGCACGUUCGUACACGGGAAGAGAAAGUCAAGGCCCUCCAAAAGAUUCGGCAGCUGGUGGACAGUAAGGUCAGCGGAUAUAAGAAGCUGAGGGGAGGGGUUCAUGAGGUGACGGUGCUUCCGAGAAACGCGCAAACGAAGAUUCUUCGGAAGCAGCUCGCUGACAAUAAGACGGGCAUACGAGAUCCGGAGACUCCAUCUGUCAGCCGUAGCAAGAUAUAG